AUGGCGGACGCAGGAGCGUUGCCUCCCGCUGCAGAAGCGGAGGGCGCGCCGAACGGCCAGCCCGAGCAGCAAUCUACUUUCAAAAUGCUCAUGGGCACGGUCGGCAGAAUGAUGUUCUUCUGGAUGAUCAUGAACUGGUUCAAAGGAGGCGGGCAGAAUCAAACUGCGAACCAGCAAGCGGCUGCGCCGGGAUCUCCAGCAGCCAAACCAUCGACAAAUUUAUUCAAGCCGGCGAUUGUUUACGACAUGAGCGCAUAUCUUAUCGAAACGAAUAAAGUAGACUUUGAAGUACACGAACCUGUGUGGGAACUAAAAGAGCUGACUUUUGGCCUGUGGAACGAGGGCGAAACGCAGGAUUCCAUCUUUUACAAAGAACUCGAACUUGAUUUGAACGCAGAAUACGAACAACUGAGAAACAAUGGAUCACUCUUUCUUGUUAGCUACAUUUAUCCUUCGAAAACAAGUCCGAAUCCGAAAGCUGAAAACUAUGGCAAAAACUUUGUGACUUCGACGUCAAAGAGCAUGACAAAGAUCCGCAAGAAGAAAUAUCAAGAGACUGUGAACCUUCUCUCUGGAGGAACUGAACGUCAGGAAGACAAAGAAAAGUCUGGGACUACAGAGUGGCUUCCCCACUGGCACGGCAACCUGACGAUAUCACCCGUCUACGAUCAUACCGCUUGGCCACAGGGGAAAAUUCCAGCGCCACUUGAUAGAUACAUUCGUUUCAACAACAACGGCAACUAUUAUCCUGUUCUGUACUUGAACGACUGGUGGAAUCUACAGGAAGAUUACAAGCCGAUUAAUAAAACUGACGAGACACUCAAAGUUCACCUUUGCUUCCAGCCGCUCAGCUUGUUCAAGUUCCAGCUCUAUCUUUCUCAGUCAUACAACGCGGAAAUGUUUUCCAUGAUUCAAGACGCAGAGGAAGCUGAGGGAGAUAAAGAUGCGAUGAAGAAAAUGAUCCUUGAGACUCAACCUUGGCUCCUUGCUCUUACAGUCGCAGUUUCUAUCUCGCACACUGUUUUCGAAAUGCUUGCGUUCAAAAACGAUAUCCAGUUCUGGAAGUCACGAGAAAACAUUCAGGGACUCUCAAUCAGAGCAGUUUUAUUCAACUGUUUCUGUCAACUGAUUGUCCUCCUUUAUGUAUGCGACAACGAUACCAACUUUAUGGUCAAAGUGUCGAUCGGCGUCGGGCUCCUCAUUGAGCUUUGGAAGGUCACGAAGUGUAUCAUUGUUGAACGAGCUGCUCCCGGUGAGUCAAACUUCAUGGGCUUCAAAUUCAAGGAGAAUCGAUCAAGUGGCGAUUCGGAAACAUCUGAAUAUGACAAGCUAGCGUUCAAGUACCUUGGCAUGGUUUGUUUCCCCCUCGCUGCUUGCUACAUGGUCUACAGUCUAUAUUACAACGAGCAUCGCGGUUGGUACAGCUUUGUUCUCCAGUCUGCAUAUGGCUUCCUUCUGACUUUCGGCUUUAUUGCUAUGACUCCUCAAUUAUUUAUUAACUACAAGCUAAAAUCAACGGCUCAUUUGCCUUGGCGAAUGAUGACUUACAAAGCACUCAACACAUUUAUCGACGACCUCUUUGCCUUUGUUAUUCAAAUGCCCACUUUGUACAGAAUCGGUUGUCUCCGCGAUGACGUUAUCUUCUUGAUUUAUCUUUACCAGAAGUGGAUCUACCCAACAGAUAUGAGCCGGCGAAACGAAUUUGGAAUAACUGGCGAGCAAGCUUCUGGUGAUGCCAAACCCGAAGAAAUCAAGGAAGAGAAGAAAGCUGCCAUCGAAAACAAAGAGGAGUCAAGCCAGCCUGAAAAGACAGUUGAAGAGAAGAAGGACGACUAG